UAGUUGAUAGUUAGGUGGACUCGUGUUUAUCGCGCCUAAAAGAUCAAUUAAAUUUCAUUUUGAAUGUGAUAUUGCCAGGAUAAUGUUAAGGUAAAGGACUGGAUUAGUUUGUGAAGGUAUGUACAGCUGGAUUCAUCAUGCAUUUUCUGGAAUAUGAUCGUCAUUUCUGAAGAUCAUUCUGAGUGAAACAUACAGUUGGAUACUUAGGUCCCAUCUGCUUACUUUUGAGUCGGUAUAUUCUAUAUACCAGCUCUGUUGACUGACAAUGUUCUACUGUCGUGCCUUUUUUGUGUGCAACCAUCUGGAGAUCUAAGUAUUGUGAUGCUUUAAUCUGAUUAACUUAACUAUUGUAUAUAGCAGUAAUCCUAUUACUGGUUCUUUAUAUACUGAUUACACUGCACCAUUUGUUACCAGAGUUACCAGAGCUUCUUUACACUCGCCUAUUCAACAAGUCUGUUCUCUUGAAUCAUGCCACCAAAAACAAGGAAGAUGGCUCCCCAGCCUGAGGAAACCCAUGAUGUAUGUGAUCAGAUAAGUGAUGAGGUCAGAGAGUAUUUCAACAGCCAAGGAUUUAAAGACUUGUUUCAGACAUCCCUUGUUGAAGGUGUGACAAGGGAGUUACACCAUCUUCGUGAUCGACUGGAACAAACAGAGAGUAAGGUAAUGGAUCUGGAAAAUGCGCUCCAGUCACAAGCUUCCAUUAUAACUUCACUACAGAAAGAGCAAACUUCUAGAUCUGAAGUUAUCAAGUCAUUGAGAACCAAGUUGAAUGAAGAAGAACAGUACUCAAGGAGGAACAGUCUACGAUUAUACGGCAUCCCAGAAAAGGACAAAGAGGACACCGACGCAGUGAUGAUAAAUCUUGCAAACAAAGAUCUUGGUGUAAAUCUGAAUCUGGCCGAUAUUGACCGCUCACAUCGUGUUGGUACCCCGCGUCAUGAUAAGAGACCAGGAGACAAGACGAAGCCUCCACGACCCAUCAUCGUCAAGUUCUCUACUUAUCGUGCUCGCCAUCUAGUGAUCAGGAACAGGAAACGACUUAAAGGGAAACACAUAGGAAUUGACGAAGACUUGACAGCAGCAAACAGAAUGUUGCUUCAAAAAGCAAAGGAUGAAGUGAAACUCAACACAAAUGCAAUUGCCGCAUGGUCCACAGAUGGCAGAGUGACUGUUCUAGUGAAGGCCACGAACGGAGGUUCGGUAAGGAAAAGAAUACACUCAGUGACUGAUCUUAAGAAAAUAUGAAAAUAUUGUCAUGUAAAGCGUAAACAGGUAAAUGCUGAGUUAAUAUACAUUUAUGCUCAUAUCAGUAGACUAUAUCACUCAAUGUAGUGAAACCAUAUUCAGCUGAUGAGAAAUAAUGCGAAUACCAUGUACUAGUCAUAAUAUCCGCUUGUACUACCGAUACAUUAUAUUAUAUUGCAGACUUUUCCGUUUUUGUUUUUGAUAGGAUAUAGUUUAACGUACUAUGUUGUGUACUUGUAUUUUAUGUAAUAGGCAGAAUUCUACAACUUGUGAUAAUUGCUCUCUUUGCAAUCGAAGCUCAAGAGAGUAUAAAUCUUUAGCUACUACAUUUAAUGAAGAACUUCUUCCGGAUAACAAAGUUUAUACUCCUGAUGAAUUUUAUGAAUCUACUAAAAAUUUCGAUACUUGUUCUACAGUGACUUUAUUUCAUUUUAACUGCCGUAGUUUAAAGCGCAAUUUUGAUAAUUUCUUACAAUGUGUCCAAACAUUUUCCAGACCUAUGUCAAUAAUUGGGGUCACUGAAACAUGGCUUAAGAGUGAUGAUGAUGAUAGCUAUUUUUCUCUUCCCCAAUAUUCCUUCCUAAGUAAUCCUCGACAAGGAAAAAGAGGGGGAGGCGUAGGAGUAUUUAUUCAUGACAAAAUAAGAUUUAAAAGAAGACCAGAUUUAGAUGUGUUUACUAAUGCUGUUGAGAGUAUUUCCAUUGAGGUAUAUAAUAAAGUACAGAAUUAUAUAGUUCUUGUUAUGUAUAGACCACCACACCAAGGAGUACAAUCUUUUAUAAAUGAUACACAAGCACCGCUGAAUGUUAUUAUGAAUGAGAAAAAGGAGAGCAUCAUUAUGGGUGAUUUUAAUGUUGAUCUAUUGAAACUUGAUGUUAUUUCACAUGUUAAUGAAUUCAUUGAUAACUUUAUUUCACUUUCUUACUUACCACAAAUAAUCAAGCCAACCCGAAUAACCUCACAUUCUGCGACUACUUUGGAUAAUUUCUUCUGUAAUAAUCCAGAAAAGGUUAAGCUGAGUGGAAUAAUUUUAACAGAUGUCAGUGAUCAUCUUACUCCUUUUAUCAUGAUUUCAUCUCAACCUGAUACAGAUGAUCCUCAAAUAGUUUACUCAAAACGUGACUUCAGUGAUGUUCACAUCAAUACAUUUUGUUCAAAAUUACAGUCUGUGAAGUGGGAAUUUUUAGAUCGUCUUGAUGAUGUUAAUCAGAAGUAUGAAAGUUUUCUUGAAAUAUAUGUGAAAUUGUAUAACGAAUGUUUCCAAAAGGUAGAGAUGAAAAGAAAGAAACAUGCAAAUGUUAAACCUUGGAUUACAAUAGAAAUUAAGAAAAUGAGUAAACAUAAAUAUAUUUUAUACAAAAAAUAUCUUAAAAAUCCUACGACAUAUCGCAGAGCGACUUAUGUCAAUUUUAGAAAUAGAUUUAAUAACUUGAUACGUGAUACAAAACGUAAAUAUUAUGAUAAUAAGUUUAAGGAUGUAAUGAACAAUGCAAAGAAAACAUGGAAUGUUAUAAAUGAAGUUUUGAAC